ACCUCACCAGAGGCCCUCUUUUCCCUGAACUGUCUCGUACCAGAUCAAUUGAAAUCCACCGCACAUUCGAACCCUCCCAGAUCCAGAUCUCACCAUGUCGAACCCAUAUGAGAUCGAGCACAACAUCAAAGAGAAGCCCAAGGGCCGCGCGCGCCGGCCCUCGAUGUCCUCCUUCUUCAACCAGCUCAGCCAAGUCGAGACGGACACGCCGGAGCAGCAGCACCACAACCGCCACGCGGUGCCGACGCCCGUCGAGGUCGCGGCCGUGAACCGCCUUCUGCAGGACCAAUACUACGCGCUGCUGCAGACGGGCGACAACCCGAACGCCGAUUUCCUCAACCACCUAAUCGAGGAUCUGCAGCGGGCCAUCGACUCGCCCCCCGAGAAGGUCGCUGGCGUGCCGCAGAGCUAUCUCGAUGCCCUGGAGCGCGUGCCGAAGAAGCUGCUGAAGGAGUCGGAUAGCUGCCCCAUCUGCGGGGAGGCCUUCUUGGACGAUCCGUACCCGCUUGUGGUCGAGCUGCCCUGCCAUAAGACCCAUCGCUUUGAUUUGGAUUGUGUGGGCCCCUGGCUGAGGCUCAAUGGCACGUGUCCGCUUGAUAGGAAGGAUCUGAUGAAGAAGAAGGAAGUGGUCAAGGCGAAAGAUGACGAGGAAGAGGUGGAAGACGAUUAUGAACUCAUGUAUGCAUGAAUGUAUUGCUUGAUGAGAUUGUGGCAUGAGCGUGGCGUUCAGGGUACUUUUCUAUUAAACAUUUGAAGAUACACCAUAUCAUGAUCGAUCCUGUUUGGGAAGCUAUUUGUCCAAUAUUGAGAUGAUAC